AUGAAUUCGAAUGAACGACCGUUAAUUGUUCGUAAAUUUUGGAAUGAAUAUCUUUCCGUGAAGCAAAGAGAAGAAACUCCAAUAUUUACUGAAGACCAUCGAAAAUUUCAAAAUGAUUCAUUGGAGAUUCAUAAUAUCUUACGUGCUCGUCAUUGUGUACCACCAUUAGUACUCAAUGAAGAAAUAAACAUACGAGCUCAAAUUUAUGCUGAGUAUCUUGCUAAAAGGGACCUUAAUUUAACACAUAGUACUGAUCGACGUGGUCUUUUUGGAGAAAAUCUUUAUGCAGUAACACGUAAAACUCCUAUCGUCAAUAUAAGUGCUGUUAAGGUAGUACUUGCAUGGUAUGCAGAAAUUGAAUUUUAUGAUUAUGACAAUCCAGGUUAUAAACCGAGUAUAGGUCAUUUUUCACAAGUUGUUUGGAAAGAUACAGAAAGACUUGGCGUAGGAUAUGCUACGGGAAGACAGGGUCGUAAAAUGUAUGUUGUUGCUCAAUAUGGACCACCAGGCAACUAUGGCUACCAAUUCAGUACAUGUGUUCUUCAACCAUUAUGUUAA